CCUACCUCACCUUGGCACGGCAGGCUCCCACUUCCUCCAUUUACACCAAGACCACGCCUCCCAAACACACCUUUCCCUGUUCGCACGCAUCGAUCCCCCAAAGGCGGCUUCGCGUGCUCAAAGAAAACCCCAACAAAGCCUCCGUUCCCAACAGCCGAUACAGUCCCACGGGCAAUCGAUUCUUUCCCUGGGUAUCUGGCUCCAGGAUUCAUUCUUUUUGGUGUGCCUCUUUGCUUGACUUCCAUUAGAUGCAGUUCCACAGAUAAUACGUAACUAUUCACACGAGGUCCCUUCGGCCGUCCGCUUUGAUAGUACCACCACCCUCCGUACUUGCUCCGUGAUUGGGCUUCUCUUCUUUCCUCGUCCCCUGUUAGCGAAACCGCGUUCAUUCCUGUGCUUUCCCGCGUCUGGAGGCGGGAGUUGCUAGUUCCCCUAGGACGUCUUUCGGGGACUGGUUUAAGCAAGUUCACCUUGUCGGUGAGCAUUGCGCGAGUGGACUUUGCCGUGCUGACGUUCACGGUACCAUACCCGUCUACGUGUCCUGCCUCCGGAGUUUUACCAUGGCAUCCCCCGAUCCUCAACGACGGCCGGUGGAUGGCCGUCAUAACGAUGAUUCCUGGGUUGAGAUCGCAUCGCAACCAUCGUCAUCCUCGUUGUCGUCGAUAGGAGAUGAGAUUGUAACUACGGGCCUCCGGGUCGGCAACAACUCAUACCCUCGAAGGCGGAGACGAUCCCAACAGCAAGCGCCCAUGCCUGCUUCUUUCAUCGUCAGCCAACCGAAUCCCCCUGCCGGGACGAGCAGCCAGGAUGAAUACGAUGAAACUGAGAGCGAGGAGGACAGAGUCAUGACUAGCUCGACAGAAGGCGUUCAUCCAGCAGCCAGCUUGCCCCGUCAACAGACUGCUUUCCGAAGCGGCCUACCAGUAGACUCGGAGGACGACUCGGAUGAUGAUGAGAAUGCGACUGCUCUCGGCCGGCCAACCAACACGGCCCGGGGUACCUUUAGGCCGCAGCCGAACGCCUUCUCUCAUCCACCAUCCUACAUGAUGCAACGCCACCAAUCCGCAAGUCCAUCCCACCCAUAUCAUCCCGCGCAAUUCCGGCCAUCCAUGCCAACCCGUUCGCAAACCCGGUCGCAUCGUGCAUCGCACAACUUUCUGUCCCCAGCUCUGCAAGCCGACAACGACGCCGCGCUUCGUGCUUCCCUCACCACCCUCUUGUCAUGUGCCGCUGCCGCCCGUGGCCUUCCCAAGGGGGAAGAGACAAGCCCAGGUCCUGCUGGUACCGGCGUAAUGCCCAGUUCCCAGCCAAUGGAAUUCCGCCUGGUGCCAGAGUCUGAACUCAUGGCCGAAGGUCCUUCCGGAAUAGGGCUGCCGCUCAACCAGGCCAAGGCACAACAACCAGCAAGGACCGCCUCCAACUCCAGUGCACCAAGCGCUCCGCGAUCCGCCAGCUCUGGCCGGGAACAGCAACAGCAGCAACAUCAACAAGGUCUUGCCACGACCGAACGGACCAAGCAGGGAGCAAACCCUGCCUCGAAACCAGCGCGUACCGCGAAGAAGAGGAGGGCAAACUCACCCUCGCCAGCGGGGGUUGUGUCAGAUAACGAUGUCGCCUCCCCCUUCUUCCUAAGCCCGACCGUGUUGACAUGGGUGGUAAGCGCCGGCGUGGUAGUUCUCGUGUCAGUCGUCGGGUUCGGCGCCGGCUACGUCAUCGGACGGGAAGUCGGCCGACAAGAGAGCAGUAGCGCUUUAAGCCUGGCCUCUGCAGGAUCAGCGGCCUCGAACGCUUCUUCGAGCUGCGGCCAGGAGUUUGUGCGGUCUACGACGAGCGGAACGCUGAAGAGGUUUAGGUGGGGCUCGGUUGGAAGGAGUGUCGUUGCUUGAACGAUGCAACGCGUUACGACUUUGACGAGCGACAUGUCUGUUUAUCGAUCGGCUUCAAAGAUGAAAGAACAAAAAAGGAGGGAGAACGGAACUCCUGGUCAGCCAGCCAACAUGCUCUUGUACAACACGAGCUUUAUGAAGAAUAUCCACUAAAGCACUAACGAUAACGGCAACUGGCUGCUACCAACUACGGCUACGGCUGCAGCGGGAAUCAACUCUCGUCAUUUAUCAUACCGAUGGUGCUGGGCCAAAUAGGUCUUUCACGGAAAGAAUCCAAGUCGAUGGACGACGACGUUGGAAGGAAAUAUUCCCCAACAAAUGCUGCAAAGAGAGGAGAGAACGAUUGUAUGCAGAACAUUUACCUUCAAUAUCUGGCAUCAUGGGGACAGCCAUACGCAUACACGCAUCAUUAACCUUCUUAAUCUGCUAUUUUUUUCAUAUUUUCUUCAUAUUUUCUUCCCAUCUUGGUUGUCUUUUUCAUUCGGGACUCGGAUUUGAUCUUGUUAUUUUGGUUACCCGAUUUGGUCGCAGGUCUAGGUUCUUUUUUUGUUGGUGUUGCGUGACUUUGGCUUUAGUUUGGGCUUGUUUGUGUAUCGACUGUUGAGAUGACUUGUAGACGAACCGAGUUCAUCGAAUUCAACUUUUUGGGGAUUUGCUUCGUGACACUUUGGGAGCUAUCGCGGUCAACUGUGACCAUGUUGAAACACGUGACGAAUGAUCAAGACUUUUGUGAACGAGCAGUUUUUUGAAGAUCCUAUCGACAUACAUACACACAAGUCUACGCCUCAAAAUACCACAUCACAUACAUAACGGCAAGUCACAUCAUU